GUCGAAUGUGGUUUUUCGAGAAUUUGAAAAUUUCUCGUAUUAUUGAAAAUCCUUAUACUUAGGGUAUCUAUGUAGAAUAUCUAAGAAUCAAUUGUGCAUUGUUUGGUGUUGAACUAUACGUAUUUUCAAUUCGACUUCAGUAAAUAAAACCAGAUUGUAUCAUCAUGAAGUUUAACAUGGUUAUCUUCUCCGUAUUCAUGUUGAUCGGUUUGGCAUACAGUGCUCCGGCCCCAAAAGCUGACGCUAUUUUUGCUCCCGUCGUACCAGCUCCGGCCGUCGUAACCGCCACAAGUUCUCAAGUUAUUGCCAGAAAUUACAAUGGUAUCGCUGCUGCCGCUCCUUUCGUGGCUGCCCCAGCCAUAGCACCUGUUGCUGCACCCGUCGUUGCUGCACCUUACGCAGCUUAUCCGGCUUAUGCGCCAUAUGUUACCUAUUUCUAAGCAUCGAGAAUCUCAUAAUGAUAAGCUAAUUUUGUAAAUUUUAUUCAAUAUAUUACGCAGCAGUAUUAA